CUUCAAAUAAUCAUUUCUAUAAAGCUAUGCAUCAAAACCAGCUUUUUACCAUAAAAUAAUCUGGGUUGAUAAACCUCUUAGUUAUUUUUUAUUUUAAAAACAUGAGCCUUUUAUAAAUAAAAAAAACCACAAAGUGGUGUCACGACAUCGUCAAAGGUUGUCACUGGACGUAAAAGCUCGGAUCUAGUAAAUGAAACAGCAGAAUACGACAAAUGAAACUAAUGGGAUGUAAUUUGGAUGAAAGACAUAGAUAAAACUACAUUAACCUGAUGAUAUAUUCGCCCUGUUUGUUUACAUGAUUUUGUUGCGCACAUUUACAUAUAUUAGUAUCUCACAAGCGGUCAUUUGAAAAGCUUACAGAAGGUAAAGACUGGCUAUUCAGAACGACUUGUGUUGGUGAUCGUAGGAGGAAUCGUAUAUUUUGUGUCAAUUAUUGAUUCUGUAUUUAUUUUUCAUUCUGUAGAUGGGGAGAUAUGUACGUAAGAUCUAUAUACACGCUUUCCACACAUUAGGUGCCUGUGCGAUUACAUGUGUGAAAAUGUGAAAAAUAUCUCUAGGAUACAUGUCAAAUGUAGCCGAGUGCUAAAGGCAAAAGUUGAUAUGCAACAUUUAGGUGCCACCAUGAUUCCUAGCACAUAGUUGGGUGCGAAUAAGAAACUAAGACACGUGGUCAGUGGUUGAAGACAUCUAGGUGAGAACAUGCAUAGUUCAACAAACGGUCUGUAGAUGAGAGACUACAUUAGUAUGUCAUAAUCUGACUUUGAUGUAUACCCUCAGCACACAUGUUUCAAUUUAAAACAAAAUUUGCCCCCGGCCAACUUAAAUGUUGUAUACUAGUAUGAUAAUUGGCUUGGAAGUACUUCCUAAUGUAACUUGUAUGUAUAAUGUACGUUGAUUGGUUACCGAAUUGACGUUUUACUCAGCACAUGAACAGUCGCAUACUAUUUUUGUAUUCCUCCGCGGCUAGUCUAUAGUAAACACUAUGACGACCAAAUUGCCUGACUUUGUAAAUAACUUAAAUUGUACAAUGUAAUGGGAAUAACUAUCUUCUCAUUUGAUAUGUACAGUCGUAAAUGAUACUUUAAAUUUCGCACACAGCUGUUUUACUCAGUUUGCGACUAACAAAUCAGCAUUAAUGGCCGCAAAUAAGAAGAAAAAAAAAAACGGGAGAAGUGUUUAUUUCCUAAUUUUAUGCAAAUAUUCAAAAUGAUAAAAGCAUAAUUUAGUGUCCUAAAUUGAUUUUUAUAACACACUGCAUAUUUUAAUGAGAUUUUGUGAUGAAAUUCAGAUUAGGGCAUUUAGAAAUUAAUUUGUAAAAACACGGGAUCGACAGAUAUCUGGUCUUAACAGAUAAAGGACUGCUACAAUUUUAAGCGUUUUGUAUCUUCUCCGAUUAUCCUUAAAAUGUACACUUUUAAGUUUGCUUUCAUAUCUUAUGAAAAGAAAUUCCUUUUAUUUCAAAGGAAGUUCAUGUGGUGGUACAGUAGGGGGACAAAAGUGUUGAGAGAAAAAUGGCGUUACGUGUCCAACACAAGAAAUGCAACUCGUACGAAAAACCGUCUUGACAGCUGAUUUACUAGAAUAAGAAAACAAUGAAUUACCUUAGUAUUGAGAUAGGUGACCUUUCAAUCGGAUGACUUGCUUGAAUCUCCGGGGAACAGAAUUAUAAACAUUUCUUGUUAUAACAGGGUUUACCCUUUGUUAUUGUAUCAUUAACAAUAUUUGAAAUUUACAGGUCUUAGUUUUUAUAUGCAUAUAAGGUAUUACUUAUAUACUAUACCAUACAUUUGGAAUCACAGUGUAUAUUUUUAAUGAUCUUAUUCUGACUACUUAUAGUCUGUUCGCGAAAUUACUUGACGGACUGUUAAAACUCGAUAUAAUUUAGAUGUCGCGAUAUCUUCUUUUGCUCAUGGUUAAAACUGCAUAUGAGGUAAAACUUUUCUUUACGGGUAUCGGUGAAUAAUAUUUGUUUACGACAACUUGCAAUAUUUUAACAGGAUAAAAGCAAACAAACCUUGGAAACGAGAUUUGUGAUGAAAACAAAUUGCAUUCAAGGAUAUGUUGUUGAUAUUUUGGCCUUGUAUUUCUGAUACUGGACAUCAAUAACUUCAAUAACCGAAAAGUCUACAUAAUUUAGGUGUAAAUACAUGUAUUUACAAUCGGUGUCAAUGAUAUGAAGUAUAAACAGGAAACAGUGGAAGAUUUUUCUGUGUGAUAGACCGUGGCACAUUGUGGAUUUUUAAACUCAAGAACCUGUACCCAUCUGUCGUCUGAUUAAACAGAUUCGCUGAAAAAUGAAAAAUAAAGUGCAUACUUUAUUGCUGCUAGUUAUUUGGAAAAAGUUAGUGUGUGUCUACUGCACCAGGACUUGUCACGCUUCAGCAGCCACAGUUCAAUACGUGAAAUCUUGUCCUGUUAACGAAACCGAAUACAACGAUCGGGCAAAAAGAAAAGGGUGUCUCUUCAUAGGCCAGGAUUGCACAACUGCAGAUGCGUUCAGAUACCACUGUGUGUUAAACAGUUACGGGAACGCUUCCUUAGAAGUCUGCGCCCCAGUGUGGUUUCUAAAUGGCUUUUGUGCUGAAUAUAAUGAAGAUGGAAAAGUCAUACAGGAUCAUUAUCCAAAGGACUGCACUCUGUUUCGGAAUCCGUGUCCAAGUCGGGUUUUAUCAACAGAUUCCUAUAUAUAUCGCGAGUGUUAUCAAGAUAAAAAGAUGAAAAAUAUGAAUCAAAGAAGAAUAAUCACGUUUCCUGUAAGGACUGUCAUUCUGGGAACAAUCGUUUUCAUUUUACUGGCCAUAAUCUUUAUUCUAACUGCUCGCCAGAAAAUUCAAAAUGUAUGCCUCAAAGGAAAGCGAGGAUAUGGUGGAAGACAACUUCCAAACAAAGAAGAGAUACAAGGAUUAGAAGCAGACGAACUAUAUAGCAAUACAGAACUAAAAGAAGAGAUACAAGAAUCAACAACAGACGCAGAUGACAAUACCCAACUAAAAGGUACGGCUGUGUUUCUCUUACUAUUGGCCUCUAAUGUAAUCCAUUGCUUACUUUUACACCCUACUAUCUAUGUGCAUCAAUGCUCUUUGUAAGUGUGUGAUAUCGGUUUGACUUAUGGCUUGAGAUAUAUAAACACGAUAUACAGACGACUUUGAGUUUAAUAACAUACAGGGAUAAAUCUACAAAUCUUAUAAAGAAGACAACAUAAAUUAAAAGUAGAGCAAUCUCAACUUCAGAGUUCUUGUGCUUAGAAUCAGAAUGUACUAGAUAAUUUUGAAAACUUUUAUUUCGAAGAAGCCAAAGUUAUUCCAUACUUGGAUUUUCAACACCAGAAUAGAGACUGAAUUGUGUUGCCCUUCACAAACUCCUUAAACCAGCGCUGGAUACGGAUAAUAAACCUUCUGAAUCACGCUGUUUGUUCCUUAAACUGAAAUAAGCAACCUUUUUUGUCAUAAAAAUGAACAUUCUUGCAUUCCAUCCUAAUUCCAGUUAAAGUCUACAUCCUAUAUUCCCUAUCAUAAUAUACUUCUACGAUUAUAUCCAAACUUUUUAAUUGCAAACUUUACAGUACAUAGUUUUGAAACAUAUUGUACGCAAUCUAAAUGCAUGUUGUUUUUUUCAACUAUUACUGGUAGUGUCAAUGUGGUUGAAACUGAUGACCUAAAAUCAUUUAUUCUAAAAGGUCCUAGAUAGCAACAGAGCUUCAUCUCUAUCAUCAAUUCUGUCGAAGAUUAUGUCAGAUGAUGGGCUAAAUAUAAGGAACUUGACACCUUGUAAGAACGGAUAAAAUUGAUAGGAUGAAUAUGAAAAUCUCGCAUUAUACCGUUUACCUGAUCAAGAUAUAGGGCUCACGACAAGUGUGACCGGUCGACAGGAGAUGCUUACUUCUCCUAGCCACCAUAAUCCCACCUCCGGUGUGUCCAGGGAUUCGUGUUUGCCCAACUCUCUAUUUUGUAUUGUUUAUAGGAGUUGCUGAUUUUCGGGAACAUGUGAUUUCAAAUUCAAAUGGAAAAUUUCAUGAAAUUCCAAUUUUUUUCACAAGUUGUGGUACAAUAGUUGUGGAACUUUUCCUUAACAGUAGUUAAUAGAUUUGCGAAUAUUAAAGAUGGGGGGAGGGACUUGUUAGAACAUAUACUAGAUCAUGCAAUAUAUCAUUUUAUGACUCGUUUUACUCUGUUAUGUCUAUGCGACUCACUGCAGUCUGCGCAAUCUAUGUGAAGCAUUGCUUUCUUUGAGUAUGUUAUAUAGAUGCCACUCAUAACUUAGCUUUACUCUGGUAUAUAUGCGGUUCAUAUAUAUUACUUACUCUCAGUGUGUAAUAGUCUAUGAUAUAAAUCAGAAAUAUGUCUGAUUAUGAAUUCAUGAUACGUAUCUGAUACAUUGUUAACUGUGAUUCUGAAUGUUCUCUGGCGCAUUGCCCACUUUGGGUAUGUAUAUGGAAGGUGAAGAUCUGGUGUGUCCAGGGGUCCGUGUUUGUCUGAUCCCACCUCUGGUGUGUCCAGGGGUCCGUGUUUGUCUGAUCCCACCUCUGGUGUGUCCAGGGGUCCGUGUUUGUCUGAUCCCACCUCUGGUGUGUCCAGGGGUCCGUGUUUGUCUGAUCCCACCUCUGGUGUGUCCAGGGGUCCGUGUUUGUAUGAUCCCACCUCUGGUGUGUCCAGGGGUCCGUGUUUGUCUGAUCCCACCUCUGGUGUGUCCAGGGGUCCGUGUUUGCCCAACUAUCUAUUUUGUAUUGCUUAUAGAAGUUAUUAGAUUGAUCACUAUUCGUUAUCUUCACCUUGCAUUCUAUAAAACGUGGUCAAAUAUUUGGAAGAUCAAUUAAUUAUUCCAGUUUAAUUAUGCAAAGAAGCUGGUUUCGGCAUCAAUGUGCACGUCCUUGAAUUGUUUGACUAUGACUAUACUGAAGUCUGUGUUUAAUCUACUUGUCCCAUUUCCAUGAGUAUUAAAGAUAAAACUAAAAAAUAUAGGUCCACGAUGCAGAUCUUGAUAUUUCGUUGUCUACAAUACAUUGAUACAGAAAAUAUAGAGUACGGCGCACGUUAUGAAUGGAACUAGUUCGUCUUGAAGUCUUCGGAUGACAAAUGUUGUCUUUGAUAAACAUGACUAAUUAAAUACGUUUUCAUUAAUACGAAAACAGUGGUACGUACUCGGUAUUGCAUUUCAAACUGUCACUCUUGUUGAUUUGUUUCUGAUUAAACGGUAAGAAUAGUGUCAUAUUUCGAACAUUGUGCGAGCAUGCGUGUUUAUGAUUCAGACAUAAACGUCAGAGUCAAAUGUUCCCCCCUCCCCAACCGACUUAAUUAAGAAUAUAAAUGUAAAUACAUUUUUACGUUAUGUCACAUUUCUUAUGUUGAGCAUAUGGUAUUUUUCUGUCUCAUAACUUACUUAUAAUCUGUGAUACCUGUCUCAUUCCGUGCUUAAUUUAAGUAUAUCAAUCAACCUAAUACACUGCUCACGGAGAAGCUGUGGUGUCUUUCUGACUCAAAAAGAAUUUGAUGCAGUUUUUCUUGUGAACCUGAAAUAAAUGCUCAUAAAAUCAUCCAUGAUAUAUAAAAAAAAAAAAAGAAACUGGUACAAUCAUCUUCAACGAAUUCCUUUAAAAGUAGGUAUGAAGUUAUUGUUCUUUGCAUUCUUAUUUUAGACGUUAUCACGUCAGAUUCAUAUCUGGAACCAAAGGAGAACUGAAAGAGAUGACAUCUGGUAUUUAUCAAUGAACGUGUACUGGAAAAGAUUCUGAUAUAGCAGACACCCCUCUGUACAGCAAAAAUAAAGUAUCCACCAACCAAAGUGCAUGCAUCGCCGAGACUGGUGGAAGGAAAUUUUUUCCACAAAGUGAAUAAUGCAUACGUAUAUUAAUGCAUCUCUACCUCUAAUUCAAUAUUCAAAAUAAUUUAGAUUUAGUUUUAGUUCAUCUUGUUUGUAUGUAAGUGCAUUAUGAUGUCAUAUUAUUGUAUGGAAUUGCAGAUUUAGGAUUUACGUAAGAAACGUGCAUUGAGAAGUCCGUUCCUCAACAUUUGUACAUAACUCUCAAAGAAACUAUACUUCUCUAAGAAUUAGAACUAAUUCAGCACAAAUUUGUUAUAUAUUCAUCAUGAAACGAAAGGAAUUCCUGGUGUAUAUUUCAUUCCGUCUAAAGAGUGUUACACAAAUGGAAUAUUUUAAUCAAAUGUAAAAUAUAUAUUAUUUUAAUGAUUUAUAUUUCAUCUUGUAAAUACCCUACAUGUAUAGUUUUGAUCAGUAAUAAUACAAGUAUUGCAUAUUUGAAAAUGAUUGAUAUACACGUAUCGUGAAUUCCAUGAUAACUUCACCCAGUGAGCUCGAAAUAAAAGACACCAAAGAUUC